AUGUUGUCUUCAAUCAUAUUUUUUCUCUCAGCUUUGGCUCCGAGGAUCUUUUACUUAUUGAAAUACAUUUUCCAGUUAAUGUUAUCACUAAAUCAGUCUGCUAGUAUUUUUUUUCUUGUAGUUAUCAGUCUGGACCGAUGCCUGUGUACAUGGAUGGUUGUUUGGGCUAAAAAUAAACAAACUUUACUUAAAGCCAAGAUCAUCUGCAUAAUUGUGUGGGUUUCAUCCAUCGGAUGCAGCAUUCCUUUCUUUAUGUUUGAUAUGUCUACUUCGCUGGUCACAUAUCAUUUUACACUGAGCUUCCUCUUCCCCUUUCUGAUCAUUGCAUCUUCAUACAUAGCGAUUGGAAUACGAAUCAAACGCCUCAAAAGGGUGAAGCAGCUCAGGUCGUACCGGGUCAUUAUAACCAUAAUCCUGGCUUUUUUCAUAUGUUGGUUUCCAUGCCAUGUUUGCAGUUUUUAUUUAGUAACUGUAGUAGGAACAGUUGUAGGAAAUAACUGGAGUGAUUAUGUAAUGACAUCAAAAGUAUUUGUGAUAGCUCUGAUUGUCAGUUUCUACCUGGUUUAUCUAAACAGCUGUCUGAACCCCAUUCUCUAUGUGUUCAUGUGUGAUGAGUAUAAGAAGAAACUUAAACAGUCUCUGCUGCUGGUGCUGGAGACGGCUUUUGCUGAAGAUCAUCUGGACUUUAAGGCAGGUGCAAAAGAACGAGCAGGACAUGAAAACCCAAUUGAGUUGUUAGAUAUGUAGAAAACUGGUCUCUAAAUGAUAAACCUGGAUUUAAUCCCGUAUGUUCAUAGUCCUUAUCUAGCAACUUGUAAAAAACAGCAACUGCAAAAUUCAAGUUUGGAGCAUGACUGUGUAUAAUGUGUGUUGUAAAACCAAACAGAGAAAAUCUCUUCAAGCUAA